UUGCAAGCCGCGUCGGAACGUGCACAAGGGGUCGUUUACGAAAAGCCAAUGCCCUCGUCUUGGAGAGUGCCACGGUAUAUUCUUGAACAAGGAGAAGAGGCUUGGCAAGCUAUUCGAGAUGAAUGGCACAUGGAAGUGCAAGGCAACGAUAUUCCACCCCCGCUGAAGCGCUUCGUUGACAUGAAAUUUCCCCAACCAAUUUUGGCGUCUUUGAAACAGAAAGGAAUUGCACGUCCCACUCCGAUCCAAAUGCAGGGUCUACCUGUCGCACUGGCGGGUCGGGAUAUGGUCGGCAUUGCCUUCACCGGCUCUGGUAAGACUUUAACUUUCGGUUUGCCUCUCGUAAUGGCGGCCCUGGAAGAGGAGUUACGUAUGCCGAUUGCUCCGGGAGAAGGCCCGGUCGGUAUUAUACUCGCGCCCUCCCGUGAGUUGGCUCGACAAACGUACGAACUCGUCUCGGAAUUGGCCACGGCCUUGACUACCCCACCCGCGGGCGACAGUCGAGAAAAGAAUCGGUAUCCACAGCUACGCACACAAUUAUUAAUUGGUGGCGAAUCUGUACGUGAUCAAGUGCAAACGGUUCAACAACAAGGAAUUCAUUGUGUGGUAGCCACACCGGGACGACUACGUGAUUUGCUCAAACGCAAGGCUCUCAAUCUUAUGAUAUGUCGGUAUAUAUGUCUUGACGAAGCCGAUCGGAUGCUCGAUUUAGGCUUUGACGAAGAAGUCGGAACGAUAAUGAAUCAUUUUCCGCACCAACGGCAGACCUUGUUGUUUUCCGCGACCUUUCCAAAAAAGUUUCAAGACUUUGCCCGUCAAACUCUAGUUCAACCGAUUGUGGUAAAUGUUGGACGAGCAGGAGCGGCCAAUCUCGACGUGAUUCAAGAAGUCGAGUACGUCAAGCAAGAAGCAAAAAUUGUAUAUUUGUUGCACUGCUUGCAAAAGACGGCACCGCCGGUGAUUAUAUUUUGCGAACGCAAGGGUGAUGUAGACGAUAUCCACGAAUACUUGCUGCUCAAAGGCGUACAGGCUGUAAGUAUUCACGGUGGCAAGGACCAAGAAGAGCGCAACGAAGCCAUUACGUUGUUUAAGAGUGGCCAGAAGGAUGUCUUGAUCGCAACGGACGUGGCUGCCAAAGGUCUGGACUUCGCCGCCAUUCAGCACGUAAUUAAUUUCGACAUGCCGACCGAGAUUGAAAACUACGUUCAUCGGAUUGGUCGAACUGGGCGAUGUGGCAAAACUGGUGUGGCCACCACUUUCAUCAAUAAGAGUUGUGAAGAGACAACCCUUUUGGAUCUCAAGGGUCUACUAAGGGAAGCCCGCCAACGUAUUCCUCCGGUUCUCCUGAUGUUGGACGAUCCUCGUGAGCAAAACGGUGGCGCCGGCUGUUCCUUUUGCGGCGGUCUCGGACAUACUAUUGUGGAUUGUCCCAAGAUUGACAAAGACGCUCGUCGGGUGGCGGGCGGUCAUAAAGAUGCGCUGGCUGGGGGUGGAGAUUGGUAA